CGGUGACAACUGACAACACAGUAGAAGGAAGAGGGAGCCUAGAACGAAAUUUCUUUCCUCUCUCCUCCGUCCUUCACUACCUUCCCUCAGUGGUCACUGGUCAGCAGCAAAGCGGGCGUCUUGCUUCAGUCCGACUGUCGGAGUAAGUUUCUGUCAAAUCUUUAUCACGAUAUCAGCCAACUCUCCUCUUUGGAAACUCUGGAAAUAUCGACUUGACGAAUUUCCUAAUCUUCAGUCUUUCAUGAUCAUCCAUCGUUAAGGUCUGCCAUUCAGAUUGUGAAGAGAAAGGAAGAAGCAAUGGCUGCCGCUAAUAACAACACUCCACCAAAGAGCUUAGGGCAAUCCUCAUCCCCAUUUGGGAUCAUCAACUCGUCGAUUCCUCCAAACCAAGGGUUCUCGCAGCCGCAAGGACAUCCCCAAAUAGGUUCUGGGUUGCAGAAUCAGUUCCAGUUGUCUCAAGCUCAAGCGAAUGCACAGGCCCAGUUGAAAGCACAGGCGCAGGCUCACGCAGCUCAAUUCCAAGCUGCUCACGCUCAACUCCAGGCGCAAAUGCAGGCUCAAGGGUUCGCCAUUAAUCAGACCCUGAAUCCCGGAAUGAGCAACUUGGCCGGCGUGAAGCGGCCUCCCUUCCAGAAACCACCUGGCCGACCUCCAGGAAUCCCCACCAUUGUCUCCCCACUUCCAAAACCCAUGAAUUCAUCACCAGCCGCCGCAGCCGCUCGAAGUAAGAUGCAGAAACUUCCAGUGAAACAACAGCUGCCGGAGAGAGUAGCAUCUAUUCUCACAGAGUCUGCUCUUUACACCCAGCUGCUCGAGUUCGAGUCCCAUGUAGAUGCUGCUCUUACAAAAAAGAAACUGGACAUUCAUCAAGCACUUAAGACCCCUCCUUCAGUGCAGAAAACGCUAAGGAUCUAUGUGUUCAAUACAUUUGCCAAUCAGGUAAAGACAAUCCCACAGAAGCCGAAUGCCGAACCACCUUCUUGGACACUCAAGAUCAUUGGGAGGAUUUUGGAAGAAGGGGUUAACCCUAACCCGCCUGGAGUAGUUCAGAAUUUGAAUCCAUUAUACCCAAAGUUCUCGUCUUUCUUCAAAAGGGUGUCCAUUUCCUUGGAUCAGAGACUAUAUCCUGAUAAUCACGUCAUCUUGUGGGAGCAAGCUCGUUCGUCUUCACCUCAUGAAGGUUUUGAAGUGAGUAGAAAGGGUGAUAAAGAGUUCCUAGCUCAUAUAGGUUUGGACAUGAACUAUGUUCCCGAGAAGUUCAAGUUAUCUCCAGCUUUGUCUGAAGUUCUGGGGAUCGAGGUAGAGAGCCGGCCUAGGGUGAUAGCUGGAAUCUGGCAUUAUGUGAAAGCUAAGAAGCUGCAUUGCGCAGAUGACCCAGCCUUUUUUAACUGCGAUCCACCUCUGCAGAAAGUAUUUGGGGAGGGGAAAAUGAAGUUCACAACUGUUGCACAGAAGAUAUCUCAGCAUUUGUUUGCUCCUAAACCAAUACAUUUGGAACAUCAAGUUAAACUUUCAGGAGUUAGUCCAGUGGGGACUGCCUGCUAUGAUGUUGUGGUGGACUUUCCACUCCCUAUCCAGAGGGAAUUGACAGUAAUGCUGGCUAAUGCUGAGAAGAGCAGGGAGCUUGAUGCAUGUGAUGGGUCGAUAACUAAUGCCAUUAGGAAAAUUCAUGAGCAUCGUAGAAGACGGGCUUUCUUUCUUGGGUUUAGUCAGUCUCCUGUGGAGUUCAUCAAUGCUCUGAUUGAAUCCCAAAGCAAAGACUUGAAGCUUGUGGUAGGGGAACCCAGUCGGAGUGCUGAGAAGGAGCAGCGUGCAGAUUUCUUCAGCCAGACCUGGGGUUGAAGAUGCUGUUAUUCAGUACUUAAACCGGAAGCCUGCUGUUGCAAGUGACGCUGCUCGCAGUGUUUAGUUCCAAACUUCUAAUCUAUCAAAUUGUCCGACAGCUAACUCUAGUUUUGUGGAUACUUUAACCAAGCAUUUAAAGUUCGGAUUGGUGCUUAUCAACAGCUGUUAAAUGUGCUUCUUGUUCUAUAACUAAAAAAUCAUUGUAGCUUGAUUUUAGACUGAAUCAUCCAUGUACCUCAGUGAAGGUACGAUGGAUACCAUGGUGUUGUUUGCCCUCUUAUUUAUGACCAAAAUGUUAGCCGAAGUUCAUAGCCUGUUUCUGGAUACAAAUGGC